UCAAGUGCGUCAUUCUGAUAUCAUGGCGGCGUCGCUGGCGAAGAAAUGCGCGGCUCCGCAAAUCCUCAAAACACUUUCAGCUCCAAACUUGAGGAUGCAGUGUGGAUAUCACAAAAAGGUCGUGGACCACUAUGAGAACCCAAGAAAUGUAGGAUCUUUGGACAGAAAUGCCAAGAAUGUGGGCACCGGGUUGGUUGGUGCCCCUGCAUGUGGAGAUGUGAUGAAACUUCAGAUCGAGGUGGAUGAAGCUGGGAAGAUUGUGAAUGCAAAGUUCAAAACUUUUGGCUGUGGCUCUGCCAUUGCUUCCAGCUCUUUGGCUACUGAGUGGGUGAAAGGCAAAUCUGUCGAUGAGGCCCUCAAGAUAAAAAACACAGAGAUCGCUAAAGAGCUUAGCCUUCCUCCAGUCAAACUGCACUGCUCGAUGCUGGCAGAGGAUGCCAUUAAAGCAGCUUUGGCCGACUACCGUCUGAAACAGGAAGGUGAACCGGGUGAGGAGACGGCUGUGGCCCGCAACUAGGAGGCACAUUUGAUCCUCUAUCUAAAUCAGUGAUUAUCAACUGGUGCUUAAUAACCAAAUGAGGUUUCAGACUGCUCGGAUUGAGUCGUGGGCAAUAGGGAAAUGAAACUGCUAAAUGCCAGUAUCAAAAUGUGAACAAAUAUACAUGCAUAGUUAAAACAGCCAGGAUAUUGUUUUGUUGGAAGAGAAUAAUGCAUGCAGUUUCAUUGUGUGACGGAUUUUGCGUAUUGUUGGGUCUACACCGUUCACUCCGAAACAUCAUUUAGCUCUUGAAAGCAAACCAUUUGAGAAAUCCUCCUGAUGAGUUUAGACCAAAGCUCUCCAACUCUUGCACUGUAGCCAGUCUUUUAAACGCACAAUAAAAGCACUGAAUUUUACUGUCAGAUCUGUAUUUGUUGUAAUGAAAGAAUGUUAGUUGUUUCACUUGCUAGCUGAAUACGCACACAGAUUAUCUUAUUGGAUUAUGUUAGUUUGAAGGGACAGAAACGUGAUGUGAUUUAUGCUGAAGAUGGCCGUUCAAACAUUAAUAUCUUAAAAAUAAAGCAUAUUGUAAAACUGAA